AUGACCCUCCCUAACCCCAUCAAUGAAAUCACCGGCUCCCUCUACCACUACGCCCCGGGGUACAAGAUCCUACUAUCAACCUUCAUCGCGGUCUCCUGGUACAAUGCCACCGAGCUCCUCAUCCUCAUCUUCUGCACCUUCCGCCGCUACCACGGCCUCUACUUCUGGAGCCUGCUGGUCUCGUCCUGUCUAGGGGUGACGCCGUACUCGCUGGGGUUCCUCCUUAAAUUUUUCUCCGGGUACAGCCCGUUCAUCGGCGUUUCGCUGUUGACGGUUGGCUGGUGGUGCAUGGUGACCGGGCAGUCGAUGGUGCUGUAUUCGCGGCUGCAUCUCGUUGUCCGGGACGAGCGGCUGCUGCGCAAGGUGCUGGUUAUGAUCUGGGUUAAUUUCGUGGUGCUGCAUAUCCCCACCACGGUGCUGACGUAUGGGUCGAAUGCGCGGAAUAUGCGGUCGGGGGAGUUUGUGCGGGGUUAUAAUAUCAUGGAGAAGAUCCAGAUGACUGGGUUUACGGUGCAGGAGUUGAUUAUCUCGGGGCUUUAUAUCUUCGAGACGAUCCGGUUGCUGAAGUUGGGGUGGGAUGAAAAUAAGCGGAGGAUUAUGCAUCGGCUUGUCGGGAUCAACGUUGUGAUGUUGCUUUUAGAUUUGAUUCUUUUGGCGCUGGAGUAUGCAAAUCAGUAUGCACUGCAAAUCACGCUCAAGGGUAUGUUUUAUAGCAUCAAGCUGAAGCUUGAGUUUGCCGUGCUGGGGAAAUUGGUCGAUGUUGUUUGUGGUGAGCAUUUGCCUUCGCAGUUGGUUUUUGAGGAGCCGGGGAUGCCGUUGAAUCCGGUUGGCACGUCUAUUGCGUCGUCUAGUCGGCUGCUCGAUGCAAGGCCGAUUCAUACUCCAGAGUCGACAGCGCAAACGGUGCGGCCGGGUGUGUCGAGUGGGAAAAAUUCGAGCUUAGAGCGGAUUUCUACCUGGGUAGAGAGGCAGCGGCGGAAUGAUUCGUGA